GUGUCUUUCUAUUCACAUUGGUCAAGCUGGAGUUCAGAUGGGCAAUGCAUGCUGGGAAUUAUACUGUUUAGAGCAUGGUAUACAACCUGAUGGUCAAAUGCCUUCGGGGCAGACAAUUGGCAGUGGCGAUGACUCUUUCAAUACAUUCUUUUGCGAAACUGGAGCUGGCAAACAUGUUCCACGCGCUGUGUUUGUUGACCUUGAACCGACUGUAGUAGAUGAGGUGAGAACUGGAACAUACCGCGAUCUUUUUCAUCCUGAACAGUUGAUUUCAGGUAAGGAAGAUGCGGCAAACAACUACGCCAGGGGGCAUUACACCAUUGGCAAAGAAAUUGUCGACCUGGUGCUUGACAGAAUACGAAAAAUGGCAGAUCAAUGCACAGGUCUUCAAGGCUUUCUUAUAUUCCAUUCAUUUGGUGGCGGUACUGGAUCAGGCUUUACCUCUUUACUCAUGGAAAGACUUUCCCUAGAUUAUGGGAAAAAAUCCAAGUUGCAAUUUUCCGUCUACCCUGCUCCACAGGUUUCAACAGCCGUGGUGGAGCCGUACAACUCUGUUAUGACAACCCAUACAACCUUGGAACAUUCUGAUUGUGCAUUCAUGGUCGAUAAUGAGGCUAUUUAUGACUUAUGUCGCCGUAAUCUUGACAUCGAAAGACCAACUUAUACCAACCUUAAUCGACUGAUUAGCCAAAUUGUCUCCUCUAUCACCGCAUCUUUACGUUUUGACGGAGCACUCAACGUGGACCUGACUGAAUUUCAGACCAACCUGGUUCCCUAUCCCAGGAUUCACUUCCCUCUUGUGACGUAUGCGCCUGUCAUUUCCGCUGAGAAAGCUUUCCAUGAGCAGCUGAGUGUGGCAGAAAUAACGAGCACUUGUUUUGAACCAGCCAAUCAAAUGGUAAAAUGCGAUCCACGUCAUGGCAAGUAUAUGGCAUGCUGCAUGCUCUAUCGCGGUGAUGUUGUACCCAAAGACGUUAACGCUGCUAUAGCAACCAUCAAAACGAAACGUACCGUACAAUUUGUAGACUGGUGCCCAACAGGAUUUAAGGUGGGUAUCAACUAUCAACCGCCUACUGUGGUUCCAGGUGGGGAUCUUGCAAAGGUACAGCGUGCCGUUUGUAUGUUGAGCAACACUACUGCCAUUGCAGAAGCCUGGGCACGACUGGAUCAUAAGUUUGAUUUGAUGUACGCAAAGCGAGCAUUUGUUCACUGGUAUGUCGGCGAGGGAAUGGAAGAAGGAGAGUUUUCAGAAGCUAGAGAAAAUCUCGCUGCGCUUGAGAAGGAUUACGAAGAGGUUGGCAUGGAUACAAUUAACGAUGACGUAGGCGAGGAAGACAUGGAUGAGCACUGAGAACUAAUUAUAACAUACGUAUGCUUUCUCAUUUUUUGUAAAAUAUGGUUUUUGGAUUGGUUAUAUAUAGUGUAAACUACAAUAUAUGUAUACUGUACACUUCAAGCAAUGACAAAUGCAAAUGAAUACUCUCAAAACAUUAAA